CAAGAUGGAGAGACAGCUUCAGCAGUCUUGACGUUAUUUCUAGUGAUUUCGCCCCGUGUGAAUGUCGCCACACCGCUGAGCGUUCAAAGGGAGAGAGACUAAUGUUCGAAGUUUAUUUUCGCGGCGGUGGCGAGGCGCGUGAGGUGUCAGGAAGAGAGAAAAUCGGUUGUGAAUGGAAGGUGACCAGGAAGGUGAAGGAGGAGUGACCAAAGGUGUUCAUGCAGGUGUUGUGACCUUUUUUUUAAUUAAUGCUGCGGAGGUGUUAUUUCCUGGCUGAUCUCUCCUCGAGCUUCGCGGGUGCCUCUCGAGGGGCCGUGGGAGGGAGGCUGUGAGGAGUGUGAGUGGGAUUGGAGAGUGAGAUGAGUGAGACGAGCCGCCAGGGAAAGGUCAGGCCUGAGUCAUCUCAUAGUGACCUUUUUCGCCGUCAAGGUCUCUCUCGGACUCUUAUUUCGUGACCUCUGACCUCGGUUAUGGGACAGCCGACCUGUAAACGCCUCCAGAGCUCAGUGCGUAGUGGCAGCAAGAACCUUGUGAGAAUGACACUUGACAGGAACUCGUGCAUAGGCCUAUGAAGGCGGAUCGCAAAGUUGCAGGUCAUGCCACCUCAUACCUCCUCCAACUAGGCUCCUAGGCCUAUGAGACACAGAACUCCAACAUGAAUAGGAUUACCACAGGUCUAUUGUGACCUUAGUUGAAAAUUAAGUGCCUUUGUGAAACUUUCUAGUACACAGGAAUCCACUUCUUUCCGUCCUAACUAGCCAUUAUGUAUAGUAACAAGAUGGACGAGCGGCUAAAGGAGCUUCUUCAUGUCUACCGUAAUAAAUUUGCUCAGAUUGAUGUGGAGCGCAUCAUUCCAUUUCUGAGGGACACAGGCCUUUUGUCUCCAGAAGAUGUGGAUGCCAUCCGAAGACAUCCAUCGCCAGCACAGAGAAUACAUACUCUUUUAGAUAUUUUGCCGGCCAAGGGAUCUCAGGCAUUCCAAACAUUGUGCCUGGCCCUCGAAACUACAUACCCUCAUCUUUUAACUAUAAUGUUAAUCGGUGCAUCGCAACGCUCUCCGUCCUAUGCAUCUCGCCAAAGUAAGUGUUUCCGAGUGUCCCGAAGUUGUUGACGUAUGAAUUGGCAGUAAUGGUAAGUGGCGAGGAGUCCGCUAUUGUUCCCGUUGUUUCCAGGAUCGAUGUUUAGCUGCUGUCGCCGUCGUCUUCACCUGUCACUUUCACUGAUCAGGUGCAAGUAAUUCACGAUGUUCAGGAUUAUGUCGUAUAUCCUAUUUCACAUUUGAUUUGAAGCAGAUUAAAGCUAAUACGCAAAAAAAUAAAGCCUGGGGCUAAUAAGCCCAAGUCAUUAUGCGAGCAGACUGCAACUAAAGGCGCUUUGCACGGAACUACGACGGCUUCCAACACAGCGCCCGAAGUUCUGGUCGGGUCGACGCCGCGGAUAAGGUCUUGACAGGUUUUAGGAGCGCUUGGCUGAGAGUAUCGUGGGUCAGCAGGCCGGCCAGUCGGUCUGAAAUAUUCAGUAGCUUUUCUUGGCCUGUCACCCGCCGCAGAAGGAGGUGUUACCAACAUUUCCCUCGGCCUGGACUCGUUAUUUCUACGCUUUUCUUUUCUCCUCUCGCACCAUGGGUGUUGUCCAGGCACAGGCGACUGGACUUAUUUACCGUCAUUAUUCUUUGGCGAGGGAACCGGGAGGAACCGAUAUUUCCAUUAGGCUUCUUGCGUAUUCAAGCGUCAGCGGGCAUGUUUUUGAUACGCAGGUAUUCAUGAGUAAGUAGUCUGUCUUAUGAAUGACCGCUGAUGGGCGCGAGUGCAUGUAUGUAUACCUGGAACCUGAAUCUCCGCUGUGACAGGUGUCCGCACGGGAAACAAACACGGACCUUCACUGCUGUGAUACAGGACUAGACCGCUCUUGCUCUUGAAACGGAC